AUUUUACUUAAUGGAAUUCAAACUCUCCCAUAUGGACAUUGGCGAAUUGGAAUAUAUAAGCACCUGGUAGCAUCUGAAAUAGCUCCUGAGGAAGCAGAAGAAAGAGCUAUGAAAGCUAGACUUCGUUUCAAAGAAUAG